AUGAACUAUUUAGGCAUUACUUUAAUUGAUAUGAAACAACCACCUAUUCGUAUUUUGAGACGACCAUGUCCACAUCCAUCUGAGAUUCAAAAAACACUACAGAGGCCAACUGUCGUCAAUAAAACUCUUGAACAAAGAAAGGCAGAUUAUGCCGCUGCAAGGAAAAGGAUUAUGGGGUCCACGACUCCGAAUCCAGCUGAAGUGGAAACGAAAGAUUCAGUAGAGUCUGAUACUACGAAGAUAACGGAGGAUUUUAAAAAUCCAACUUUAAAGAAAGAUUCAUGUAUCCCGACUAUCUCUACUACAACGCAGAAUACGGAGGUUAGUGCUCAGAAAAGUCUGUCAACUGAAAUGUCAGUAAAUCGCUUGCAAGCUAAUCAGAAUGGAGCACAAAUCGCGUCUCUUCAGAAUUACAAACAGCCUCUAGAAGUUGCUGCCAACCAAAAGCAUCAGCAGCAUGCACAGUCUACAUCAAAUGGUGUUCGACAGAAUCUGGUAACUCACCAACAGCGCAGUGCAACAGUAUCUGCCAAUAGAUUAUCUUAUUUUUCUCAACCCUCACCUCUUUUUUCUUAUCAAACUGGAUACAAUAAUGUUGCUCUUCUUCCUACACCCCUUGGUUUUCAGUGUUCGCUUAAGAAUCGAACAAAUGCUGGUCUGCAACAAACGACUGCAAUCGCUCUAAUACAUCAAUUCAAUUUGCUACAACAGCAAUAUCAGUAA